AUGCUAUCUAUCCAACUACCUAUCCCAGUUUGUUCAAAUCUAUCUAUCUAUCUAUCUAUCUAUCUAUCUAUCUAUCUAUCUAUCUAUCUAUCUAUCUCAUGUGUUGUAUCUAUCUAUCUAUCUAUCUAUCUAUCUAUCUAUCUAUCUAUCUAUCUAUCUCAGUCAACUCAUAUGUAUGUAUGUAUGUAUGUAUCUGUCUAUCUAUCAAUCUAUCAAUCUAACUAUCUAUCUAGCUCAGUCUACUCAUAUCUAUCUAUACCAAUUAUUUUAUACUCUCUCCCUCAUAUCUAUCUAUCUAUCUAUCUAUCUAUCUAUCUAUCUAUCUAUCUAUCUAUCUAUCUCAGUCAACUCAUAUAUAUAUAUGUAUGUAUGUAUGUAUGUAUGUAUGUAUGUAUGUAUGUAUGUAUCUGUCUAUCUAUCGAUCUAUCAAUCUAUCUAUCUAUCUAUCUCAGUCUGUUCAUUAUCUAUCUAUUCCAGUAUUUCAUUCUCUAUCCACUCAUAUCUAUCUAUCUAUCUAUCUAUCUAUCUAUCUAUCUAUCUAUCUAUCUAUCUAUCAAUAUCACUCAGUCUACUCAUAUCUAUCUAUCCCAAUUAUUUCAUUUUCUCUCCCUCAUAUCUAUCUAUCUAUCUAUCUAUCUAUCUAUCUAUCUAUCUAUCUAUAUCCAUAAAAAGGCUGAAUAA